AAACAAUGAUUCAAACAGCGAUAUAAGCGAUAGAUCGAGUGCAAGGGAGGAGAUUUUUUUGUUUUUGAAGAGUUGGAGGAAGAAGAGGAGGUUGGAAUUUUAUGUUGGACCUAACAUGUAUUAGCCGGCCGCUAAUCAGGACGCAAACAAUGUGUCUAGACUACCUGACAUGGAAUGGAGACAAGACCCAUCGAGAUUACAAGAUUGCAUGCUCCCCUUCCAGGCCGCCGCAGGUCAGUUUGGUCCGGAGGUCCGUGCACCAGGCCUUCGUGUGUGGAGGGUGGAAAAGAUGAAGAGCGUCCCACUGCCACCCUCCGAGGUGGGGGUGUUCUUCAACGGUGAUUCUUACCUGGUGCUGGAGAACCGCGGAGAACUGGGAACCGAUCUUCACAUGUGGAUCGGCGAGAAGUCAUCACGCGAUGAGCAAGUGGCGUGUGCCAUGCUGGCCACCCAGCUUGACAAUUUCCUGGGCGGAGACCCCGUUCAGCACCGUCAGGUCCAGGGCUAUGAGUCCCCGGAGUUCAUGACGCUUUUCCCUAGAGGUGUCAGCUACAAGGAUGGCGGUGUGGAAUCCGGGUUCAGGAGACCUCAGGGCUCAGGGACGGCGGUGCAGCGCUGCUACCAGAUUAAAGGGAAACGCAACAUCCGCGCAAAGGAGGUGGAGCUGUCAUGGAAGAGCUUCAACAAGGGCGACUGCUUCAUCCUGGACCUCGGCGAGGUCAUCGUGUCCUGGACCGGAUCGCAGGCAAACGUCUUUGAGAAACAGAAAGUGCGGGAGAUCGCCUCUCUCAUCCGGGAUGCGGAAAGACACGGUAAAGCUCGCAUCGUGGACUCCAACGAAGGGGAGGAGCCUGCUGAAAUGCUUGAGGUUUUGGGACCCAAACCCGAGCUGGCCGAAAGCACGCCUGAGGAGGACAGCAAGGCCGACGCUUCAAACUCCGCCUCCCUUUACAAGGUGUCCGAUGCUACCGGCUCCAUGUCGCUGAGCAAAGUAGACGGUAAAAGCCCGUUUUCCAAGGAGCUGCUGCUUCGGGACGACUGCUUCAUCCUGGAUAACGGUGCUAACGGGAAGAUUUUCGUGUGGAAAGGGGUCGGCGCCAACGCUAAGGAGAAGCAGGCGGCCCUGCAGAUGGCGGACAAGUUCAUUGAGAAAAUGAACUACCCCAAGAUGAAAACCCAGGUGGAGAUCCUGCCACAGGGGAAGGAGACUGUCAUGUUCAAGCAGUUUUUCAAAAGCUGGAAUUAACGGAGGUGGAAAUAUUGUUUUUUACGCAUCGACUGAGUUGUACAUAACACGGUACCCACCAUGUGUUCACUUUUAUAAAUGGAAAAACAUCUUUUCUCCUGUUGAUGAAAUAAAAAUUCAUAACAAAA